AAUGACCAAUGUUCAUGUUCAACUAGAAACAUGUACAGAACGUGGAAGUAUUAUCCCUCCUUGGAUCUGUAUAUCAUUAAAUUUCCCUAUUGGUAACCUUAAAUUACACAAACAUUUCCCCUCCUCUGUUCACUUGUACCUCUUGUUCCUUUCUCUUCUAAUCCAUCAUGGGAAAUGAAGCUCAUGACCAACAAUACUCAAAAAAAUUGCAAGCAUGUGGUCACAGCCAAAAGCACAAGUUGCCGAAGUCAAUUAUGCUAGUCAUACUCACCAACCUUGUCACCAUUUACAUCUUCACUGGUCCAAUCAGUUUUUUGUACCACUCUUCUCCGAGUCCUCGCGACUCGAACUCUAUCUCAAAGGAACUCAACUCCACCAAAGCUCAGAUUGCUGCCACUCACUCACUCUUGUCUGAACUGCACCAUAGACUUAACUCCUCUAACUUACUUGUCCAGGCACUGCUCAUUGAUCUCACGCGCCAACAAGAAAAGCAAUCCAAUGGUGCUGAUCAGAAUCAAAUGAGUUUGAAGGUAGGGAGUGAUGACCUCAGUUUUGCACUUGGCCCUCACAAGCUCCCUUUUGGGUACUCACCAAGGAUAGGAUCAGAUGAGAUUCACACACCUGUUGGUGCAUCAUGCAUGAGGCUCCAUGAAGAGUUAAACCAAUAUAUGUCAUAUGAGAUUGGAGGGGAGUGCCCUAUGGAUGAUGUUCUUGCACAAAGGCUCAUGCUCAAAGGGUGUGAACCGCUCCCUCGAAGGAGAUGCCGCCCCAAGUCUCCCACAAAUUAUGUGGAGCCGACACCUUUGCCUGAGAGCCUUUGGACUACCCCACCAGAUACUAGCAUUGUUUGGGAUGCUUAUGCUUGCAAAAGUUACCAGUGUCUCAUUGACAGAAAGAAUAAGCCAGGCUCUUAUGACUGCAAGAAUUGCUUUGAUUUACAAGGUGAAGAGAAGAAUAAGUGGAUCUUCGAUGAUGGGGGACUUGAUUUUGCAAUAGACCAAGUUCUUGCAACAAAAGCGGCGGGGACGAUUCGUGUUGGACUUGACAUUGGUGGUGGAACUGGAACAUUUGCUGCAAGGAUGAGGGAAAGGAAUGUGAUCAUCAUCACAAGCACACUGAAUUUAGAUGGCCCUUUCAACAACCUCAUUGCAUCAAGGGGUUUAGUGCCAAUGCAUAUUAGUAUCUCUCGAAGGUUUCCAUUCUUUGACAACACACUGGAUAUUGUGCACUCCAUGGAUGUGUUGAGUAAUUGGAUACCAGACACCAUGCUUGAGUUUGUACUAUAUGAUGUAUACAGGGUGUUGAGGCCAGGUGGUCUGUUCUGGCUGGACCAUUUCUUUUGCUUUGGGUCACAACUCAACAAAACUUACGUGCCAAUAUUGGAUCGAAUUGGAUUCAAUAGAUUGAGGUGGCAUGUUGAAACCAAACUUAAUCGUGGGGUUCACAAGAAUGUGUUGUACAUUUCAGCCUUAAUGGAGAAACCAAUGACUUAAGGUUAAGUGUAUGAAUGAAUGCAUAGGAUAACUUAAUGAAGAUUUUUUUUUUUGAAUUA